GUUGUGGUGAACGCUCUCAUCCAAGCGAUUCCGGCCAUCUUUAAUGUAUUACUCGUUUGUCUUAUAUUUUGGUUAAUCUUCUCAAUUAUGGGCGUUCAGCUAUUUUUGGGCAAAUUCUAUCAAUGCAUUGACAACACAACUAAAAUUAAAUUAAACUCCACUUAUAUCCCCAAUAAAUUAACGUUGGGAGAUUUGGGUAACUUGACGUUUGUAUUGGCUAUCAUUAUAUUCAUAUUCGCCGUAAUGGGAAUGCAAUUGUUUGGCAAAAACUAUACGAUGGAAAAUUUCAAAGGAGAAGAGGUGCCAAGGUGGAAUUUCGUUGAUUUCAUGCACUCGUUUAUGAUAGUAUUUCGUGUUUUGUGCGGAGAAUGGAUUGAGUCGAUGUGGGACUGUAUGCGAGUGUCAGGUGCCCCGUGUGUGCCCUUCUUUCUGGCCACUGUAGUGAUCGGCAAUUUAGUUGUACUCAACCUCUUCUUGGCUCUAUUGCUCUCAUCGUUCGGCGCGUCAAACCUGUCGGCGCCCACCUCUGACAGCGCAGACACUAAGAAACUACAGGAGGCUUUCGAUCGGUUUUCCAAAGGAGGCAAAUGGGUUAAGAAUAAAGUACUCCACGCACUAAAGAUAAUUCGAUCAAAAACUCGCAAUCAAAUCGGAGACCAAACGGCAGAUAUAAGAGAAGAAAUGGACGAAAUGACGGGCGGAGAGAUAGUACUGAUGGACGGACAGGUGAUGAGAGACAAGAAGUUGAGCCCUAAAGAUCACACGGAACUGGAAGUGGUUGUGGGCGACGGCCUCGAGAUUGCAAUACAGGCCGGAAAACUGAAGUUUCAAAACAGCGCCAGAAAUGUAAUAAAUUCAGUGAAAUUAGGAAACGCUAUAAAAGACGCACAAAUGGAGAAGAUUAUGAUCAACGCUGACAAUCGGCUGACACUCGAUGGCAAAGACGACGACAACCUCAGCAACAAUUCCUACAAUAGCCUCAAAAAGCCGUCCAGUCGUUCAUCACUCGAUGAGGACAAGAAGGAUAACGAGGAUCUCAUGGGCUCUAAGGAAGAGCUCAACAAAAAUGGCGAAUUGAAUGGUAUGGCCGAGAAUGUGGACGCAGACAAGUUAGAGACAGCCACUGCUGAUGUCAUAAUCAGUGAAUAUCCGUCUGAGUGCUUCCCCGACAGCUUCUACAAGUACUGUCCCACUUGUCUCGAAGAGACACCAUUUUGGAUCAGAUGGAAAGAAAUUAGACUCAGAUGUUAUCAAUUAGUGGAACACAAAUAUUUUGAAACACUAGUGAUAACACUAAUUUUGAUUAGUAGUAUGGCAUUGGCAUUAGAAGACGUGAAUCUUAAAAAAGAUGAAACUUUUAUGGAAUACUUAGGAUAUAUGGAUAAGUUCUUUACAGUUAUAUUUUUAUUUGAAAUGCUUAUCAAAUGGUUGGCCUUUGGAUUCAUGAAGUAUUUCACGAACGCCUGGUGUUGGCUCGACUUUGUUAUUGUUAUGGUCUCAUUAUUUAACUGGGCUGUUGGCUUAGCAGGUUUAGGCAAAAUACCUGCUUUCAAAACCAUGAGAACAUUGCGAGCACUCCGGCCGCUGAGGGCAAUGUCCCGAUUGGAAGGCAUGAGAUAUAGUGACAAUAGUGGUAAUGAGUCCAAAAUCCAUUUCCUUACAUUAGCUAAUCGUAUGUUGUUGGAGGUAUCAGUGAUCAAUCUGGUGGCCACGUGGUUCGGCGCCGGCAAAAUCCAGGCCUUUAAAACUAUGCGAACUCUGAGAGCAUUAAGACCUCUGAGAGCUCUCUCGCGAUUCCAAGGAAUGCGGGUUGUGGUGAACGCUCUCAUCCAAGCGAUUCCGGCCAUCUUUAAUGUAUUACUCGUUUGUCUUAUAUUUUGGUUGAUCUUCUCAAUUAUGGGCGUUCAGCUAUUUUUGGGCAAAUUCUAUCAAUGCAUUGACAACACAACUAAAAUUAAAUUAAACUCCACUUAUAUCCCCAAUAAAUUAACGUGUCUUAACACGAAUGGCACCAUUUGGUACAAUCCGCAGAUGAAUUUCGACAAUGUUUUGAACGCAUAUCUAUCACUCUUCCAAAUAGCCACUUUCAAGGGUUGGCUCCCAAUUAUGGACAAUGCGGUCGACUCGCAGCAGAAGGAGUUCUAUCAGCCGGAAAAAGAAGUCAAUCUCUAUAUGUAUUUGUAUUUCGUGUUCUUCAUUAUCUUUGGUUCGUUUUUUACGCUAAAUCUGUUCAUUGGAGUCAUUAUCGAUAACUUCAACGAGCAAAAGAAGAAGGCCGGCGGCUCUCUAGAGAUGUUCAUGACUGAGGACCAGAAGAAGUACUACAACGCCAUGAAGAAAAUGGGAUCCAAAAAGCCGGCCAAAGCCAUACCCCGUCCCCGGUUCAAACUUCAAGCAAUAAUUUUCGACGUCACCACAAACAAGAAGUUUGAUAUGAUUAUUAUGCUGUUCAUCGCUCUUAACAUGAUUAUUAUGGCGAUGGAUCAGUACAGAGAGUCGGAAACAUAUAACCUAAUACUCGAGCGCUUAAACCUAUUCUUCAUCGCCGUGUUUACGGCCGAAUGUAUGCUCAAGAUAUUCGCUCUCAGAUGGUAUUACUUCAAAGAGCCCUGGAAUGUGUUCGACUUCGUGGUCGUCAUCCUCUCUAUUCUCGGGGUUCUUCUCAAAGAUCUGAUCGCAAAAUAUUUCGUUUCGCCGACUCUUUUACGAGUGGUUCGAGUGGUAAAAGUGGGUCGAGUUCUUCGUCUAGUGAAGGGCGCACGUGGUAUAAGGACUCUACUGUUCGCGCUGGCGAUGUCACUGCCGGCCCUCUUCAACAUCUGUCUGCUCCUGUUUUUGGUUAUCUUUAUUUACGCCAUAUUUGGGAUGUCUUUCUUCAUGAACGUGAAGCCCAGAUAUGGUGUGGACGAGACAUUCAAUUUCGGCACAUUCUUCAAGUCAUUCAUCCUAUUGUUCCAAAUGUCCACAUCUGCCGGUUGGGACGGCGUGUUGGCCGCCAUCAUGGAUGAGACGGACUGUGAGCCGACCAGAGGUGACGUCGAAGGAAAUUGUGGCAAUCGAGGCAUAGCUAUCGCUUUUCUGGUGUCAUAUCUCAUCAUUGGUUUCUUAAUUAUCAUAAACAUGUAUAUCGCCGUCAUUUUAGAGAACUAUAGUCAGGCCACUGAAGACGUUCACGAGGGCCUUACCGACGAUGACUAUGAUAUGUAUUACGAGAUUUGGCAGAAAUUCGACCCAAAGGGCACUCAAUUCAUACCAUUCCAUGCGUUGCCUGACUUUGUUCACGCACUUGAAGAACCCCUACAGAUACCAAAGCCUAACAAAUAUAAGCUAAUAUCAAUGGAUAUUCCCAUUUGUGUGGGGGAUAUGUGUUAUUGUGUGGACAUAUUGGACGCACUGACCAAAGACUUCUUUGCGCGAAAGGGUCACGUGAUUGAGGAGACGGCAGAGUUGGCCGAAGUGUCGCCGCCCAAGUUGGGAGAGUUUGAACACAUCUCCAGCACUUUGUGGCGCCAGAGAGAGGGCUAUUGCGCCGCUAUUAUCCAACAGUGUUGGAGGGAUUACAUCGACCGCAAGACCAGACAUAAGGACGACCCGAACUAUGCCUCCCGGCGCCAAUCGACGGCCAUAAUUGUGGAGAGUGACGGACACGUCACCAAAAAUGGGCACAAAGUUGUGAUUCACUCGCGAUCGCCAAGUAUUACAAGCAGUCGUUUUACUGAUGUGUGAUAUUGUAUCAGACAUUUCCAUACAUUUAUAGCAAUUGUCGAUAAUUUUUAUUACAAUAUAUUCAUAUAUAUUAUAUUCCUCUCAACCCCUGGAUCUCAAAUCAACAACUGAUCCGCGACUGUGUUAACCAUAAGAAUAGCGCAGUUCUCAGCACUUUUGAACUCAUCAUUGAAUAGUUAUCAGCACAAGAGGUGCACAAAGACAACAUCCCUCUCAUGUUCAUCCGUACGUGCAUUUAAGCACGCGUUCAAUGAAUUAAAAAAUUAAGCAAAUCUUAUAAAUGAAAC